AUGGCCUUCUGCACGAACCUCAUCUUAUCGCAUAUACUUGUGUUAAACUUAGAAAAAGAAGCACACCCGGCACCGGACGACAUAAGUAUUCUUAACCCUACCGACAUGGGCGGAACCGCAGCACAGACCUCCGUGCAUCGCCGUUGGAAGACUCGAAUGGCGCUCGUCAUAUUUUCAACGCAAGAAGUAGAUCAGCUCGACUACAUACGUUCAUCCUGGCACCUGUUCCUCAACAACCCUGCACUGUCGAAUACGAUUCUCCGCAGCUCGAUCGAGGGUGUGCUUACCAAAUGCAACCGGUCUAGCGCCUCUCCCGACUCCCAAGCUUUCGACCAAGUGGUCUGCGCUCUGCUCAUUCAGCUGCUCAAGCCCAACAGCUAUUAA